AUUUUUAGCUGAACAUGGAUAAUCUUUAGACAGUUAUAAUGCUAAUAGGGUAUGGUGGUAGAAAUAAAUAUCAUUGAUGAGAGAGCAACGAAUUCACAACGGUACAGGAUACUCGGGAAGAAAGGAGAAGGCACAUUCUCGGAAGUGCUUAAGUGUCAACAUAUCAAGGAUGGCAACUUCUUCGCAAUGAAAAGGAUGAAACAACGCUACACCUCGAUAGAUCAGAUCAACAAUUUGAGAGAAAUACAAGCAAUGCGACGUCUCUCACCACACGAUAACAUUGUGGAACUUAAAGAAGUUCUUUUUAAUAAGAAAACGGGGAUAUUGUCGCUAAUAUGCGAGUUGAUGGACCAGAACCUAUAUGAGUUGAUUAGAGGAAGGAAGUCCUACCUACCAGAAUCAGAUAUCAGAAGUUACAUGUUCCAGCUUUGUAAAAGUAUUGAGCAUCUUCACAAGAAUGGAAUAUUCCAUCGGGAUGUUAAACCGGAGAACGUGUUGUUGCGGGCAGAAAAGGUGAAGCUAGGAGACUUUGGAAGUUGCAGAUCAGUAUUCAGUAAACAGCCUUACACUGAGUAUAUCUCAACCAGGUGGUACAGGGCCCCAGAGUGUGUUCUUACUGACGGGUAUUACAACCAUAAGAUGGAUAUAUGGAGCAUAGGUUGUGUUAUGUACGAGAUCAUGACACUUCACCCCCUUUUCCCUGGUGCUAAUGAAGUCGAUCAGGUAGCAAAGAUCCACGACGUAUUGGGCACUCCGUCACAAUCAACUCUGGACAAACUUCGCAAGUACAAGUCACGGAGUUUGGACUUUAAUUUUCCGUAUAAAAGGGGGACGGGUUUAGCGAAGAUGAUACCGUUUGGUUCGAAGGACUGCAGAGAACUACUCCUUCAGUUACUAGUUUACGAUCCUGAUGACAGGAUCAGUGCUCGGCAGGCUGUCAGACAUCCUUUCUUCAAGGAAAUGAGAGAUUUGGAGAAGAAGCUGUCGGCGGCGGCACCGGCGGCAGAACCCGCCAAACCAACUAAAGCAACGGAAGAAGCUGAGCGAAGGAAACGAAAACUAAACAACCACAGAACCAGGCCCAGUUACUUUACCUCUCACCAGGACAAGGUGUCGGAGUUCGCCCCUCUUCCCGCCAGUAACCUAAACAAAGCCAUGAAAGUCAGCAGUCACCACUACUACAACAGUUACUAUAACGCGGGUCACACCACCCUGUUACCACCCAUCGACUCAAAUGCUCAGAGUAAAAAGAAUCCUGUUAUAUCGUCAACCAAGCCUUCACGGACCCGCAACAAAUUAGGUAACGGUCUCUCACUCAGUGCUUACAAGAACUUUUCUCAGAAGGACCAAUCAAACAAAUCAAUAUACGACAUGUCUCAUUACCUGCCGAACAUAAAUAAGAGACUGGGCGGUGGAGGGUAGAGACGCACGUGGGCGCGUUGCUAUGACAACGCCGCGCGCCGCGCAGGGUAAGCGCAUGAAAUGUGGUUUCAUGUCGUGUUGAUAUUGUAUUGCGUGCUUUUUACUUUUGGAUGUGUAAAUAGUGUUAGGUAGUGGUGAUGUUAUGAUGCAGCAUUUUGUGCAGUGUAAAAUGUUUUACUUUUACCCCGUUUUACUUUUACCCCGUGUGUUUGUUAAGUAAAGUUACAUUAAUGCUAUUAAUGCUGGGUUAUUCGGUAUAAUAUAACUGAUCUCUGUCAUUCGUGUAAUUAAAAGUUUAACAAGUGUAGAAUAUCGAGAGAUUGUUCAUAAAUUACUUUUUUCCUGAAGGGGAUCAUUAUUUCUCCACAAUUGCAAAGUGUAAAAGUGAAAACCAGGGGCUGGGAAUUGGUCUGAAAAUGGCCGGUAAGUAAUUGUAAUACUAAUAAUAAUAUGUGAACGGUCCUUAUAAAAUGUGUCUGUUGCGUGUAAUGAUAAGCUUUUAGUAAGAAGCCGAGUCUGAAGUUUGAUAGUGGCUGAUGUUUGUUAAAUGUGCCAAAUCAUCUUCAGCUCUGAGACCAUGAUCAGCAGAAAUAUUUGAUUCAAACUGAAAGUGGGCAUAAAUGUAAUGAUUCUAGUUUUCAGGCUCGGGUCAAGAUUAAUCGACAAAUAUUGGGUACCUCGAUUUAUAUUUCAAUUCGGGACAACGUGAUCGUUACAUUGCAGAUUCUACGAACACCGUUGUCACGAGUUUAAUUUGUGUGAUUGCGAGAAAGAUUGAAAUAAUAUUUUGUCUGUAGUUUGUUAAAAUGUCUCUUGGGUAUCAAACAACUUUAUCAGAAUAAAUGUUUUUAAGUUUUAAGUUUAAGUUUAAUAACCUAAAAUUUUUGGGACAUAUCCACUAUCCUGCUCCUGGAAUAGAAGCCUGACACUGUCAAUAGGGAAAAUCUGUCUACUUUAUGAUGAGUCAGGUGAAUCUGACUAGAGUCUGGUGAGAAAAAUAUUGUAAAGAUAUAAAAAAGGGAAGAGAUGGAAAAGUAUUGGGAAUGGGUCAGCCUGAGCAAGGCGGAAGCUCGGUUCAAGACUACUAUUUUGCAGUGUGCUUUUCUGCCACUUCAUCACAAUCAAGAUGAUUAAAAUAAUCAUGAUCACUACCUCAAGUUGGCUGUUAGGGUGCUGUUACUUUCUGCUCGUUCUGGUGACACUGUCAGGCUUCGAGCAGUUGGAUGUUGCCCAGUUUCUUAAUUUAAUUUCUGUAGCAAUAUAAUAGCAGGUAUUAUCUUCUUGAUUACAUCGCAUAAUAGCUGACUAGCUUGUAGCUAGUAGUUUAGGUUGUUUGGAAAUCUUUCGAUAAGUUUGUUAUUGGAGUUGGCAGGACAAGUGGACCACUGAGCACAGAGAUUAAAACUUAAAACGGUCUGUUGGGAUUUACCCAGUUUCAAAAACACCCUAUCAUAAAUUAUUUCCAAUUUUAAUUGUUCACUAUUUAAUGCAAAUUUGAACCAUAAUCUCGGUUCUGGAUAUAAAGGGUUUAUACAAUGUAGAAUUGAACUUUGAAUUGUGGAAAGCGGUGGGGAAUUGUGAGCGUUACUACUUGCUAUUUCUUAGAUUCAUUGAUGACACUUGUUAAUCAUUACAAAGUACACUUUGCUGUAUAGUUAAAUGCAUUUAUAAAUUUUCUGUACAAAGUUUUACGUUUACAUUUUAA